CUUUGACCUCAGCUUUUUCCAAGCAGGAAGUCCAGAAUAUUUGCUCUCAAGCAGUUCACAAAGAAGACUGACUUGAGGAUAUGUGUAACUUCUGGAAUAAUCUGAACCUAGAUUUGGAGAUUUACAUUUAAGAUUGUUCAGGAUUCUCUCAAAGGUGUUAAAAAUCACCGUCAAGAAUGUAUGGGGGGAACCCGGUUUUCCAGUCAAGGGGCUUCUCGCCUGAGCCUCCAUCCCAGGGGGCUAGCAUGUCUCGUCCUAGUGCCAAAUCUAUCUUCUUGCAAAGGAAGGAGUAUGCAGAAGCAAUGAGCAGAAAACAAGACAACUUUCAGUACAGAGUCGAGCACCUGUUCACCUGUGCGUUAGAUGGCAGAGAGGUGAGCAGCAUUGAUGACUGUGUGAACAAGUUGAAGAAUAUGGACAGUAGAGGGAAGGUGUGGGGUCAGGACAUAAUCUUGCAGAUCCAGGCGAACGAGCUACAACUGUGUGACACAGAGACCAGGGGCGUUUUGGAGUCUGUGAACUUGAGUAGCAUAAGGGAGACGAAAGCUGUCCUGGACAGUUGUUCGUAUGACUCGGUUCUCAUUAUCUCUGCUCAGGAUUCUAGCCAAAGAGCUCCACAGGCCUUACUGUUCCAGUGUGAGGAGGUUGGGGCUCAGGAGGUGGCAAAUGAUCUGGAAAAGAUGAUAGGGCACAGAGGGGAUCCCGCACCACCGCUUAAAGAACCACAGAUGGACAUCAGGAGCCAUCUGGAAAGCAUCAUUGGUCAGGGUUAUCCUGGUAGCAUGAAGAGACCAACUCCCAUGCAGCUAUCCCCAUCUCCCCCAGAAUUCCUGCCGCCUCAGUACAGCAGCUAUGAAGACUAUGAGGAUAGACGACCUUCACCCACUAUGCCAUUUUCCAGAGAUGAAGCCCCCUACAGGCCAAUGCAGGUUGAGCAGGAGCAGCCUCCACCUUCAGCCACUGAUGUGGCUAGAGAUUCGGAGAUUUUUAACCAUGUAGCAGCCGACAUUGAGACCUUCGUAUAUAAAGUUAACUCAGCUUUGCCAAAAGAUGAUGGAAACAAGAAAAAGAAAAAGAAAAAGAAAAAUACUGAAAAAACAUUGGUUGCAAGCAUUCCCCCUGUGGAGGAGUACAUAUCCUGUCUGCAGAAAAUAAAGUAUGGCUUCAACCUUCUGGGGAAACUGGAUGGCUUCCUGAAAAAUCCUCCUGCUGCUGAUUUUGUUCACAGCCUUUUUUCUUCCCUUGGUUUUAUUGUGACUCACUAUCCUCCAAACAUCCCUCCUUCCGUGCUGAGUCCACUGCUCACAGAAAAAGCCUUGACUCUCCUGGGAAGAUGUGUCACACCAAAUGAGGAUGCACUGUGGGGAAGUUUGGGUGACGCGUGGAGCAUCCCAAGAUCCAAAUGGCCAAACGGGGAUCAGAUCCCUCCGUAUUUUCCUGAAUUUUACGACGGUUGGCAGCCCCUUCCACCAGUCCCAUCCCAGUCCCCUCCCAGCAGCAGGCAGCUGUCACGGCACAACAGUGAGCGCGUCCCACCUGUGAAUGCCAUGCAGAGGCCACCUGAACAGGAUAACAGACCCUGGAACACCCCGCCCAUGCGGUCAGCUGAGCCGCCACAAUACAUGAGGGUGAUCUAUGACUUCAUGGCAAGAAACCAUCAGGAACUGAGUGUGAUGAAGGGUGACAUGGUGCAGGUAACCGACAAGUCUGGGCAAUGGUGGAGGGUGAAAAACGGUCGUAAUGAGGAGGGUCAUGUGCCUCAGAAUGUUCUAGAGCCUGCCGAUGGACAAAGGCCAACACCAAAUAUGAGAGGACCUCCAUCUCUAGACUUGAAAUCUAGACCUGAAGAAGUCAAAGCCUGGUUACAGUACAAAGGCUUUUCUAAAAUGACAGUCCAGAGUCUUGGGGUAUUUAAUGGAGCAAUGUUGCUGGGAAUGAAACGGGAUGAUAUCAGAGCGAUAUGUCCUGAGGAAGGAGGUCGAGUUUUCUUCCAACUGCAGAGUGUCAGAUCCAGCGUUGCACUUGCCAAUGAGGCUGGAAACAGUCAGUAUGGUGGCCCCUACUAAUCUGAGGCCAUUGGUGCAUUUUGAUAGCAAGAAUUUAAACAUGUCUGGACCUGAAUUAACAAGACUAUUCAGUAAACACCUCCACAUUUCCAUUCAUUAGACAACAAGCCAAGGCUAGUGCCUGCAGACUUGUUCACAGUUAUAUAACCCUUCACAGAUGCCAAUGAUGUACACGUUUAAUGCAUUCAUUUUAUUUAUUUGAUACAAUACAGAUUAAUUAAACUGAUUUCCACUGAUGUCACUGGGGUGGUGGGCAUAAUUACAGUUUUAUUGUUAUAUAGCAGUUAUAUGUGCUAAAAAAAAGUGAAUAAUGUCUGUAACACUCUAAUUGAUUCUGACACUGUAUAUUAACUGUAUGAAUAAAAGGUCAAUAAUCAACAGAUUA